CUGAACGGCCCCCAAGGGAAUGUGCGACUCUCUCUCUCUCUCUCUCUCUCUCUCUCUAGCUACACCUCCCGCCAACCGCGGAUACUGCUCCGGACAGGGCAGGGAGGUCUGACUGAGAAGGCGGUGCCGGAAUGCUCCUCGCGUCUCGGACAGGCGGCGCUGGGACUCCGGGACAGGGCGCCAAGCUCGCAGUUGGUGAUAUGUAGACGCCCUCCCUCCUCACCGCGGUCCAACCUCGGAACCUGGGCGCCCUCCUGCCCGGAAAGUUUGGGGCUGGGCGCCAUGGCCAAGAGCAGCUCCCUGAAUAUCCGCGUGGUGGAGGGCCGGGCGCUACCCGCCAAAGACGUGUCUGGUAGCAGUGACCCCUACUGCAUAGUGAAAGUGGACGACGAGGUGGUGGCCAGGACAGCAACCGUCUGGCGCAGCCUGAGCCCCUUCUGGGGGGAGGAGUACACCGUGCAUCUACCGCUGGAUUUCCACCAUCUGGCCUUCUACGUGCUGGACCAGGAUACGGUGGGGCAUGACGAUGUCAUCGGAAAGAUCUCACUGAGCAAGGAGGCAAUUGCAGCUGACCCACGAGGAAUCGAUAGCUGGAUCAACCUGAGCCGCGUGGACCCCGAUGCAGAGGUACAGGGUGAGAUCUGCCUGGCUGUGCGACUGUUGAGGGAUGCACGAGGCCGCUGUCUUCACUGCCAUGUGCUCAAGGCCAGAGACCUGGCCCCCCGAGACAUCUCCGGCACUUCUGACCCAUUCGCACGUGUGUUUUGGGGCAGCCAGAGCUUAGAGACUUCGACCAUCAAGAAGACGCGCUUCCCACACUGGGAUGAGGUGCUGGAGCUGCGGGAGACGCCAGGUCCUCCAUCCCCACUGCGGGUGGAGCUCUGGGACUGGGACAUGGUGGGCAAGAACGACUUCUUGGGCAUGGUGGAGUUCCCCCCGAAGGUCCUGCAGCAGAACCCACCCAAUGGCUGGUUCCGUCUCCUGCCCUUUCCCAGAGCCGAGGAAGAUUCUGGGGGGAACCUGGGUGCCCUGCGGCUGAAGGUGCGCCUCAUCGAGGACCGCGUCCUGCCCUCGAAGUGCUACCAGCCCCUCAUGGAGCUGCUCAUGGAGUCUGUGCUGAGGCCGCCAGAGGAGGAUGAUGCCAGCCCCCUGGCUGUGCUGGAGUUGACCUCGGGGGACUGCCGCCAGGACCUCGCCACCAAGCUGGUGAAGCUCUUUCUCGGCCAGGGCCUGGCUGGGCCCUUUCUGGAUUAUCUCACGCGGCGUGAGGUGGCGCGGACCACCGACCCCAACACCCUCUUCCGUUCUAACUCCCUGGCAUCCAAGUCAAUGGAACAGUUCAUGAAGCUCGUGGGCAUGCCCUAUCUACACGAGGUCCUGAAGCCGGUGGUUAACCGUGUCUUCGAGGAGAAGAAGUACAUGGAGCUGGACCCAUGCAAGAUGGACCUGGGUCGCACCAGGAGGAUCUCCUUUAAGGGCACACCCUCGGAGGAACAUGUGAGGGAAGCCAGCCUGGGGCUGCUGACCGGAUACCUGGGGCCCAUUGUGGACGCCAUUGUGGGCUCCGUGGGGCGCUGCCCGCCUGCCAUGCGCCUGGCCUUCAAGCAGCUGCGCCGGCGUGUGGAGGAGCGCUUCCCCCAGGCGGAGCACAAGGAUGUGAAGUACCUGGCCGUAAGCGGCUUUCUCUUCCUGCGUUUCUUUGCACCUGCCGUCCUCACCCCGAAGCUGUUUGACCUCCGGGACCAGCACGCAGAUCCCCAGACCAGCCGCUCGCUGCUGCUCCUUGCCAAGGCUUUGCAGAGCAUCGGAAACCUGGGCCAGCAGCUGGGCCAGGGCAAGGAGCUGUGGAUGGCCCCCCUGCACCCCUUCCUGCUGCAGAGCAUCUCACGUGUGAGAGACUUCCUGGACCAGCUGGUGGACGUGAAUGGGGAGGAGGAGGCUGGGGGCCCGGCUAGGGCCCUGGUCCCAUCCUCCGUGACUGUGCGAGAAGGCUACCUGCUGAAACGCAAGGAGGAGCCUGCCAGCCUGGCCACACGCUUUGCCUUCAAGAAGCGUUACUUCUGGCUCAGCGGGGAGACGCUGUCCUACUCCAAGAGUCCUGAGUGGCAGAUGGGCUCCUCCAUCCCGGUGUCGCACAUCCGUGCGGUGGAGCGUGUGGACGAGGGCGCCUUUCAGCUGCCGCAUGUGAUGCAGGUGGUGACGCAGGAUGACGCAGGGACACUGCACACCACCUACCUCCAGUGCAAGAAUGUGAAUGAGUUGAACCAAUGGCUGUCGGCCUUGCGCAAGGCCAGUGCCCCCAACCCCAACAAGCUGGCCUCCUGCCACCCCGGUGCCUUCCGCAGUGCCCGCUGGACCUGCUGCCUUCAGGCUGAUCGCUCAGCUGCAGGCUGCAGCCGCACACACUUUGCCGUCACCCUGGGAGACUGGAGUGACCCUCUGGAUCCUGAUGCUGAGACCCAGAUGGUGUAUCGGCAGCUGCUCCUGGGGCGGGACCAGCUCAGGAUCAAAUUUCUGGAGGACUUCAACAUGGAUUCAAGUCCGGAGGCAGACCCAGGGGAGGGCUCCGGUGCCACAGAAGGGGCCUGUCCUGAUGCCCUGGCCCGGCAGAGAGAGGCAGCUGCCCACCUGCUGGAGGUGCUUGCAGACCUGGAUCGAGCCCACGAGGAGUUCCUGCAGCAGGAGCAGGGGAAGGUGGUCCCGAGUCCCCUUAGGCCCUGAGGAGAUGCUGGAGCCAGCCUGGAAGGAGGACUAGGGAGCC